AUGGCGACUGAAUUUAAGAAGCUUUCCCGUCAGGAGCGUUUUUGCAUAGAUUCUCUCAAAAAUUUGGAAAGAUCCAUAGGAAAAUACAAUGAAGAGACGGAUAAGAAUAUGCUAGGAGCGUGGAAAGAAUAUUUAGAGGAGAUCAACGACGAGUUUAAGCGUGUUAGGUUAGAGUUGGAGUCAUCCGAUGAAUUUCAAGGAGCACUAAGACAAUCAAUCAAAAAGGAAGAAGGUUCCGAUGGAUCGAUCGAAAAUCUAUAUCAAUCCGCACGCGCUGAAUUUGAGCUCACUUACCUGAAAUUCAAAGGAUUUCUAGUUUCGAAUAUACAAAAACCUUCAUCAUCUACCGCAAUGGUCGUGCAAUCCGCUACAAAUACCGUACAUUCGCGGGUGAAAUUUCCGGAAAUAAAACUUCCGCAUUUCGACGGAUCCAUUAGGAAAUGGCCCACAUUUAGGGAUACUUUUAAAUCGUUGAUCGGUUCCGCACCUCAGCUCAGCAAUGUGGACAAAUUUUCGUACUUAGUCUCAUCUUUAUCUAAAGAGGCUAAGCGUGUGAUCGAAGUAAUUGAGGUUACAUCAGCCAACUAUUCUAUCGCAUGGGAAUUAUUAGAAAAGAGGUACGAGAACAAAUAUCUCCUAGUAAAAUCAUAUGUUGAAGCUCUUUUUAUAGCAGAGCCUAUGAGAAAAGAAUGUUUUGAAUCUCUUAACAGGCUGAUCGAUGAAUAUGAGCGAAAUCUGAAAAUUCUCGAGAAGUUGGAUGAGCAUCCGGAUGACUGGAGUACUAUUCUCGUAUUCAUGCUCAGUUCUCGUCUAGAUCCCGUAACCAUCCGUAAUUGGGAGACACAUCGGAAGUCAACAAAUAUUCCUACGUACAAUGAACUCGUCGAUUUUCUGCGCGGUCAUAGUUUGGUCCUUCAGUCUGUUGCCGCCUCUAAGCCUCGACUAUCCGAUCCUCCUCGUAUGUCUUCCGUAUCUCGUUCCAACACUUUCAAACUAACGUCUGUGCAUUCAGCCGUGUCGCCGUCGCAGAAAACAUGUCCUUUCUGCAAGAAGUCACCUCAUUCACCGUUCCAGUGUGAAACUUUUCGCAAAAUGACCGCUACUGAGCGGUACGGAGCCACCAAGAAAAAUUCGCUCUGCAUUAAUUGCCUAUCGUCAUCUCAUCUCGUCAAGAGCUGUUCUAGUGGAGCUUGCCGUGUGUGUAAUCAAAAGCACCAUACGAUGCUGCAUCAACGAACCAAUCCGCCAAAUAGCCAAUCAAACCAACCCCACCAAUCGAAGCUUCCGCCAUCUGGUUCGCAGUCAUCCUCCUCGUCCUACACUCCAGCAAACCAAUCACAGUCGUCUCACUCAAGCAAUCUACAUACGUCUCCUGAGAACCCAGCCCCCACCGUCUCUGCAAUUUCGACAAGCCACUUCUCAUCAGCACCCAACGAGCAACAGCAUAUCGUCCCAACAACGGUGUUAUUGUCAACCGCACUAGUGAAAGUUUUUGAUGCUAGUGGACAGUUCCUGUGGGCCCGAGCUCUUCUGGAUUCAGGGUCGCAGCUUAACUUCAUAUCGGAGCAGCUUGUCCAAAAAUUGAAGCUGAAUCGUGCAAGGGAGUUCAUCCCAAUCAGUGGUGUUGGACUUUCGUCUACUUUAUCCAAAUAUUCUACUACCGUUCGUAUCCAGUCCCAUCACCCUGGUUUUGAUACCAGUUGGAAAUUCCACGUUCUUCCUAAGAUCACGGUGGAAUUACCAAAUCAGGUCGUCGAUGUGUCAAGCUUCAAGUUUCCUUCGGACAUCGUGCUAGCGGAUCCUUCAUUCGGUCAACCCGGUCCAAUAGAUUUAAUUUUCGGCGUAGAAAACUUCUACGAUCUCCUAAGGGAUGGUCAAUUACAGAACGGUCACGGAGAACCUAUUCUUCAAAACACUGCACUAGGAUGGUUGGUGUCUGGAAAGGUCAGAUCUGGAAGGAUAAAAUCAUCAGUCGUCAAUCUCGCUUGUUCAAUAGCCACAGUCGAGGAGCAGCUAGCUCGGUUUUGGGAAAUCGAAUCAUGCCGCACUACCAGUACGUUCUCAUUGGAGGAAGCUGCAUGUGAGGAACAUUUCGCCAGAACAACUUUCCGAGAUCCUAAUGGUCGUUUCGUCGUCGCUUUCCCUAAACGGGAAUCAACUUUUUCCAAACUCGGGAGUUCGAAAGAAAUUGCUACUCGUCGUUUCUUAUCUUUGGAACGAAGACUUCUCGCUAAUCCUGCCCUGAAGGAUAAUUAUUCAGCUUUCAUUCGUGAGUAUGCGGAGCUCGGACACAUGGAGAUGGUAGCCAACCCUGACCCACAACUACCAACAUACUAUCUACCCCAUCAUUGUGUCGUUCGACCAGACAGCAUUACCACGAAGUUGAGAGUGGUAUUCGAUGCAUCAUGUCCAACGAAUACUGGGGUGUCUCUUAAUGAUACCCUCAUGGUUGGUCCGCAGAUACAAGACGAUCUGGUUGCCAUACUCCUUCGAUUUCGAUUUCCUCAGUACGCUAUCAUCUCGGACAUCGAGAAGAUGUACAGACAAAUCAGGAUGUCUCUCCUCGAUCAGCAACUCCUACUGAUUCUUUGA